AUGCUCCGCGUCCCCCUUAGUCUAGUCUCGCGCAGGUCUUCUACCCGUUUGGCCGGGUCCGAGCGGCUCCGCGCCGCUGCGCGGUCCAUCGAAUCCGUUGGCCAUACGUGCUGCCUGCGAUUCUUAACUUCCGCAGCUACAUCAAACGUGUUUAAAGUUCCAGAGGUGUACAGUGAGGCUGCAAAGUCGGUGCUUCCUCAACUGCAGCCCAUAAACCCAUUACUCUACGACGCCAAGGGGUCACCAACUCUGGAAUUCUUUCUGCAGGCUAAGGAAAAAUACCCAAACUGCCUGAUCCUGUGCCGAAUUGGGACAUUUUAUGAGGCCUUUGGUGUUGACGCUCUUCUACUCAUCGAGCAUGCGGGCAACAGGCCAAAAGCAGGCCUGCCCAGGUCCAGGCUUCAGGCCGCGCUUAACAGGAUGACAGCCCUGGGCUAUAGUAUUGCCAUAUUCGAGGAGGCGUCUUAUCUAGGUGACCCUGGCAAAAACACGCGUAAAAGAACCUUCUCACAGAUCGUCUCUCCCGAGAAUCCAGUCUAUCUCCCGCACCUGGAGGCGCUCUCGAAAAACGACAUUGUUUUGGAAAAUAUGCCGCCGAUAGUUGCUGUAUCCCAAUCUGCAAGUGACGGGUUUUCGGUCUCCCAAAUUUUCUUGGGUCAGCGCCGCGUUUUGCACUAUUCAAAUCUCACCCUUGAGACGGCAGCUAGCAUGGUUGAUACUAGCAUGACUAAACUGGUUCUGAUCCAGGGUUCGAAUCUGAAUGUCGGAAAGCUGAUUUCUCGGUGCAAUGUGGCAAACACGCAGGUUUUACACGGUCAUGAUUCAAAAUCUUUCCACGACGCCGCAUUAAGUGCGGUUAUGACACGAUUGUGCAUAACGAAACCCUUUCAAAAGUUUGCUAAAAAAUUAAUUGCUGGGCAGAUGUUUCCGCUUAGCUACUCUACAGCGACGCAGCUGGGCCUGGUCAAGCACUCCGGCUCACAAAACAUGGAGCUUUAUCACAAGUUACAUGAGAUGGUUCUGCCUAAAGGCACCCCGCAGUACUGUUGCAAUUUUAUCAAGUUACUAAUGUUAAAUCCACCUCCUGUGGAUAUUUGUAAUUCUAUACGCGUAGUAACAAAGCUGCUAUCCGCAAGGAAGGACUGUGUACAAUUUGUUAGGCCAUUGGUUAUGGAAAAGUGCCACUUGUUGCUGGAGUCAGGCAAGGCUAAUAGGACGUUAUAUCGCGAUAUAAGGAGUAACCUAAAGGCUUUUUUACACUAUAUAAAGACAUUUGACCCCGAUUUGUUGAGUAACGCACUGAAGAUUACCGCUUAUGAGACGUUUACUGAGACUAGAAGUUCGGUGCUGGCCGCCAGCGCAAAAAAGUGUCUUGACGCAAUUGAAUCUACGGUAGAAUGCGACGAAUCGCCUGUACUAAUUCCCAGGACUAUUCCAAUAUUGGAUUCGUACUUUGAAGGCCAGGAAACCUUUAGGGGUAUUGUUAAAAGGAAGAGAAUUGAGGAAAUUUACAGGUUGGUGGAUACGCAUGCAUAUCGGUUGAUAUUGAAAAUUAUAAGUGAGAUGACGAAUCGCGUAUUAGAUCAUAAAAUUGAGGACCGGGCUGGGAUUUCCAAGGAAUUUGAGGACAGAGAGAAGGAUUGGAUCAGGUUUCUCAUCGAGAACUUGCGAACAAGUGGAGAGAUGAUUUACACAAAGAAACACGCGCCGGGCGUGGAUACUUCUAGAUUUAUUCAGCUCAAGAACGUGUACAGCAGGGCUAUCAAGGGGGCGAAAACAACAAAACUCGUUGAGGCUGCGAAUAUGGACUACCUUGUCGCGGCGCGUGAGGCCAGAGAAAAGGUCACAGAUAUAAUGAUUGACCUUUCUAACUCUAUGAUUCCGUUUUUGCCCCUAUUGCAUACUGUAUCAUACUUUAACCUAUUAAUACAAACACUGACCUUGCAUGCAUCCCAUGCCCUGGCCUGCAACUGGUCACUGAUAAAGCCCUCGGUCCGACGGGAAGGAGGCAUCAGACGCGUAUUUUACCUCGAAAACUUCAAUCCCUUCUACACCAAUAGCAACGGGCUCGACAUCACCAUUCAGGGCGUUGUACUUCUGUCUGGUUCCAAUAUGGCAGGAAAGUCCACAAUAUGCCGCUCGGUUCUGGCUAUAGCAAUUCUCUCCAAUUUGGGGUUAUAUUGCCCCUGUGGCACCAAGAGCAUCAUACCCAGGUUUGACUCUAUCAGCGCCACAAGUUCAAUUGCGUACGAUGUCCCAACUAGCGGGAAAUCACUCCAUGUACAACAGCUGGAGGACAUAGGUGGCAUAGUUGCCGGUGCCACGGAGAACGCCCUGGUCGUGGCCGAUGAGCCAUGCAAGGGUUCGACGCCAAAGUCCUCCGCGGCCCUUACGGCAUCCGUCGCAGAGCAUCUCUCCAACCUGGGCGCCUUUGCCAUUAUAUCAACCCACCUGCUGGAUGAAAUUUCCUCAUUGCCCCUGGAAACUGACGGGACUAUCGAAUAUUACGCUGCGCGUGCGGUCAAUAUGGGAAGCGAUGUAUGCCCCCGCUGGUACUAUCAGUUGCUUCCGGGCAGGGGGGAAGGCUCUGGGUCCAUUAGGGCCGCAGAACUGGCGGGCCUGGACAAUUCUAUCAUUCAGAGGGCCAGAAAGUUUGAGGUCUGCCUUAUGGGAGGGGAGACGACCAAGAACGGGGGGGAGACGGCCAAGGACAGGAGGGAGACGGCCAAGGACAGGUGCUAUCACCUAAAGACCGUAACACACGUGAUAAAGUCCAUACUGGGCGACUCUAUGGAUAUGUGCGUCGUUGAAAAUGACGAAAUACCACCGCCCAGUUUCAGCAGAAGGCCUGUCUUGUACGCGCUGGUGCUGCCGGUGUUUAGUGGACAAACGCUGCUAAACCAUGCCCUGUAUAUCGGGGAGAGCGGCAACGUGGGUACUAGGCUGAGACAGCACUAUAAAAAGGGAAUACAGACCCUUGAGACAAUGAACGAGGAUGCAGUGAGAGCGCUGGGGAUAAGCUGCGACGAAAUUCGCGUAGAUUGGAGCGGCUACACGGGGGUACUGGCUAAGUUCGUGAGUAGGCACAUGGCAAAGAGGGCUGAGACUGAAACUAUUAAAACUAUCCAGGCUACCUUUCCCGACAUUAUCCUCCUCUCUGUACAGGACCGCCUGGAGGUUUCCACGGUAGAGUAG